AUGGCAGUGGUAUACGCCGACACCUACUCCUCACUCUCCUAUGUAGACCGCCCAUGUGGUACAGAUAUCUCCAACCUUUGGCUAGACGUCGUGUUGGUAGUGGAUAACUCUCGAGGGAUGACCACCCCCGGAUUUCAAAAUGUGGCAACUAAUAUCAUUGACAUUUUUUCGGCAAAUACCCGUAUUGGCUCAAAGUCUUCUGAGCCAAGAACUACUCGUGUUGGUCUUAUCACCUAUGCCUCUAAUGCAACACUAAAGGCGGAUUUGAACAAAUUCCAAUCGAUUGGUGAUCUUAUGGACGGAGUAUUUGAUUCUCUCAGCAAUGUAGCCAACUCAGCAGACUCGUUUAUCGAAACUGGUCUGGCGAUGGCUGAGCAACUCUUGGGAAGUCAAGGAUUCGGCACAGGACGUGAUCAAUAUCAGAAAGUUAUUAUCGUCUAUGCAUCAACGUAUCAAACAAACGGAGAAUCGGAUCCAGAAUCGAUAGCUGAUCGAUUGAAAAUGUCUGGAGUUAAAAUUAUCACUGUUGCCUAUGGAGAUGCUUAUGGACUUAUGAAAUCGUUAAGCAAUAUUGCCUCUCCAGGUUUCGCUUUCAGUAACUCGCCCGGCAAUGCUGGAAAUCUUGUUGCACAGAUUCAAACCUCACUAUUGCAGUCCAACUGUUUCUGCCCAGACGGCUGGAUACAGUACCGAGCCGACUACUCUGAUCCCGCUUCCUCUCGAUAUGGUGUGUGUAUCCAACUUGUCAGCUUGCAAGCUAACUGGCUUUCUGCAAAAAUGAGUUGCAAUAACCGAAAUUCCUCCCUUGCCACCGAAUUCAGCCAAGACAAACAUGACUUCAUUUUCAAUGCUGUUCAAAACACCACAGGAUUCUCUCCGCCCUAUCACUACCAUAUCGGAUUGAAUUAUGUCUCUUCUGGAUCCUGGGUAUGGACUCAGCCAACUGGACGCCAACAGGUUCCACUUCAACAACCCUUUAUCUGGAGUUCCGGAUAUCCUAUCCAGGCGUCUUCCAAAUCUGCGGUGAUGAACAUGCAGAGUGGGCAAGGAACCGGCUGGCAGAACAUCGCUACAAUGACUCUCAGUGCCAAUUUCAUUUGUGAAACCUACUCGUGUGAUACCGAUCAUUAUUGUGACGAGAAUAUGAAUAAGCAGCAAUGA